GUCAUGGAGUGAGCCCCCAUUCCCCUAAUAUCAGUUUCAAAGCAACGACCUUUUGAUUCCUCUCCGCCGUUAACGUCCGUACACUUUUAGGGUUUCCACACUCGGAGCAGAGCAGAAAUGGAAGAGACAGCUCCGGUGACGGCGAAAGACUCGGACUUGAAGCGGCAGAGAAGCUUCGGCAAAGCGUACAAGACCUUCCAAACGCAGGCGACUUCGCUCGUCGGGUUGGCCCGGCAGUUCAAGGAGCUCCAGGCGCGGUGGGGGUCCACGGAGGACGAGCUCCGGAAGCGGUUCCGGGAAGUCCGGGACCGGGAAAGGGAGGUCGUCGUGAGAGAGAAGCAGUUGGAGGAGAAAGAGGCGAAGUGGAAGCAGGUCGAGAUGGAAGCGCAGAAGAAAGAGGUGGAAUCGAGUAAGUACCACUUGCUUUUCCUGAGGCCAUUGAUCAGUAAACAUGUUCAAGAGCUUGAUGAUUUGAAAGUGAUGGUGAGUGAGAAGAAGAAAGAGCGUGAUUUGAUCGAAAAAAGGGGUUUAGAGUGGACUGAGAGAUUGAAUUCUGUUGAGAAAUGUGUGGAGGAGAAGACGAAAGAGCUCGAGUCGAAGGAGGAGGAAGUGAGAGGGGUGGAAGGGAGGUUGAGGAUUUCUAGGGAGGAGAUUGAGUUGAAGGAGAGGGAGUUGAGUGGGAUUUUGGAGACAAUUGAGGAGUGCAAGAGAGAAUGUGGUUUGAAAGAAGAGGAAAUUGAAGCGAAACGAAGGUACAUCGAUGAAUGGGAGAAGGAGAUGGAUUUGAAGAGAGAGGAACUUGUUGAUCAGCUUGAUGCUAUGAAAAUACUAGUUAGAGAGAAGGGGAAGGAGUGCGAGUUGAUCGAAAAUCGGGUUUUGGAGUCAUCAACGAGAUCGUAUUAUUUUGGGAAAUGUGUAGAAGAGAGGAGGAAAGAGUUUGAGGCUAAGGAAAAGGAACUGAAAGAGGUUCAGGGGUGUAUUGAGUUGAAGGAGAGGGAAUUAGAUGGGAUUUUGAAGUCGAUUCAGGAGCACACGAAAGAAUGUGAUUUGAAAGGAAAGCAAGUUAAGGCAUUGGAGUGGUCCAUUGAGAAAUGUGAAAAAGAGAUGGAAUUGAAAAGGGAGGAGUGGUCUCGUAAGCUUGAGUUGAAGGAGAUGGAACUAGAAAGGUUGUUUGAGAAGUUUGAGUUGAGAGGGCAACAACUUGAGCCGAUAGUUGAAGAGCUUCGUGGUAUUGAUAAGAGGGUGGAUGGAUGCUUAAACGAGGGUCUGUGUGAAGAGAGGUACUUGCAGACAUGUGAAAAAUUGAUACAAGAACGCGAAAGGUGUUUGGAUUCAGUGUCCCAUGAACUUAAGAUGAAAGAGAGGCACAUUGAAGAGGAGGCCAAAGAGCUUGAAUUGAAAAAAAUACAAUUUUAUUCUCAAGUGAAGACUCAGCAGUUGGAAAGAGAAAAGCAUUUUGCUUCACUUAAAAAAUGGUUAGAACAACAAGAUCAGUCUUUAUAUGCACUCCAAAAGUCGAUAGAAGAGGUCAAAAAGCUUUCAGAGAGGCGACUUGAACAGCAGGGUGGAGUGAUUGAGUUGAAACAAAAACUAUUUGAUUCUCAGCUAUUGGAAAGAGAAGAGCAACUUGGUUCAAUUGGAAAGUCAAUAGAAGAAUGUGAUAAGCAGUUCAACGGAGUUCAAAAGUUGGUUCGAGAGCAGAAAAAGCAUUUGGAUUCACUGUCCCAUACACUCCAUAUAAGAGAGACGCAAGCUGAAAAGCAGGUCAAAGAGCUUGAGUUGAACUUAAAACAUUCUGAUUUUGAAGUGAGUACUAAGCAGUUGGAACUUACCCCUGCCGCUGAUGAUAUGAUUAUUCCUCACUCUGUAAGUGAUCAACCCAACAUCAAUAGGGAUGAUAGAAGCUUCGAGGUGAUCCCUGGUAUUAUUCGGAAUCUUAUCGAAAGAAAGCAGCUGCUUAAGGCUGUUACAUAUAUCUGCACCUUCAAGCAAAUUGACAAGUUUCCCCCAGUACCACUCUUGAAAGAAUUUGUGGAGGAUGCAAAGAAGUCUUGCACUGAAUUAAUCUUCAGUAAAGAGAUAUCACAUGAUGUAAAGGAGAAGGUUGUAGAUGACCUAAUAGCUGAUCUAAGAGCUGUGAUUCAGUGCAUUGAAGAUCACAGCCUCGAGUCGCAGUACCCACCAACUGACUUUAGCAUCCUAAUUCAAGGGCUUGGGGAACUAAAGGAGAAUCCGAAGCUGGUGCUAUCUCUUCCGUCCAAUGUUGAAAAACAAGAGCAAAGAAAAGGAAGGAAACGAAGUUCCAGCAGUGCUCCCUCCACAUCUCACACAUAUCAGCUGCGUAAAAGAACAUAAUUGCUAAUCUUAUUGCCAUAGGGGAUGCUGUGUUGUAUUGAAGUCUUUUUUACACU